AUGUCCCUCGACCCGCCAACGUACCUGGCCUCUCUCCAGAGCAACAUCCGUCAGCGACCCAUUCCCUGGGACGGUGCUGUCAGGGCCGGCACCCUCACCGAGGAGCAGUAUGCAAAGAUUCGAGCUGUAGAUAAGGCCAAGAAGCCUGAGCAAAGAAAGGAGAUUGUGUCAGGGGAUAUUGAUGGAUAUCGCGUCUUGUUUGUUGGCGACGAUGGAAAGACGAGCGUUCUUGAGACGGCGGGAAAGCAUGCGAAUGUGAUCCAGUACAUCCUAGUGUUGCUUGGCGACCUUCUCGAGACUGUUCCACCUCUAGCCAGGGCCCUCUUCAAGACAAAGGAGCCUUAUCGACAUUUUUUGCCUCUGCUUAACUCGACUAAUGCUGAGGAUCCUAUUCCAUUGCUUACUGCACAUGCUCUUACCACACUCAUGGCUCUUGCUCGAGACGAGUCCCGAUCUACCCUCCAGGCUCUGCCUGUGAUUCUCACCUAUCUCUCCGGCUUGGCCAAGAGCAACGAUGCCGGUCUACAAGAUAUUGCUGUACAGGAGUAUUCAUCUCUGCUCUUUGGGCAUGUCGCAAGAGAGCAAUUCUGGAACCAGCGAAGCGAGACGAUUGCGCCCCUGAUCAAGAUUCUUCAAACUGCAGCUGGGAUCGGAAAUGGAGGCAGCUCAUCUGCUAGUCUCUGGAGCGGCAACACCGGUACCGGAUCUACUGGCUUUGGGGGUUCUCUGGGUGGAGGGGUUGGUCUCCAGCUUCUCUACCAUGCUCUCCUUGUUAUCUGGCAGAUAAGUUUUGAGGCUGAGGAGAUUGGUGAUGAACUCAACGACGAGUACGAUAUUGUCCUUCUUUACACUCACCUUCUACGAUUAUCACCCAAGGAAAAGACAACUCGUUUGAUCCUUUCUACACUCUACAACCUUCUUGAGAAAAACCAGAAAUCACUUCUACCCACCGCGGUUCUUGCUCGCCUUCCCGCUCUUCUCGAGAACAUCAGUGGUCGCCAUCUGACUGAUCCCGACUUGCUGGAGGAUCUUUCAAAGCUCAAGGAAAUGCUGGAAGAGUACACCAAGACCAAGACCACAUUCGACGAGUAUGUUGCUGAGGUGCAGUCUGGUCACCUCCGAUGGUCGCCCCCUCAUCGAAACACGGUCUUCUGGGCUGAGAAUGCCCGCAAGAUUCUCGAGUUUGAGAACGGAGAGAUUCCUCGGAAGCUGGCCGAGAUCAUGCGACAGCCCUGGGAUAACGACAAGCAAGUGCUUGCCAUUGCCUGCAACGACGUUGGAUGUCUGGUGAAGGAGGUUCCCGAGAAGAGAUAUCAACUAGAGAAGGUUGGCCUCAAGAGAAGGAUCAUGGAACUGAUGCAGUCGGAUGACGAGAACGUGCGAUGGGAGAGUCUCCGAGCUCUCGGAGGCUGGUUGAAGUACAGUUUUGAGCAACAGUGA